AUGAAUUCAACAAGUGCACAUUUUCAAAGUUUAGAUGUAGGUCAAUGUGACAGAGUACAUUGGUCGUUAAUAACAGCUGCACCUAUCACUUCCCUUUUCUUUCUGUCUUUCCUUCUCACUGAAUCAAUCUCUCUCAUUCAAUUCAUCUCUUUCUCUCACACGCUCUCAACCUUUUUGUGUAUAUUAACAAGUAUUUUCUUCCCUUUUCACCUUUCCUCUCAGUUUUCUUUUCUCUUUUGUAUUACUAUUUCUAUCUCCCCCACCGCUUUUCUCUCCCCCUCUCUGUUUUUUCUGUUUCUCUUGAUUCCUCUCUCUGAUUUUCAUCCCUUCUCUCAAUUUCACUCGCUGUUUCCUCUCUCUAUUUCUGUCUUCUAUAUAUUUCUGUUUUUUUCUCUCUUUCGCCGUUUCUCCCAAUUCUCUAUAUUUCUUUCUCUGUUUCUCUUCCCUUCUUUUUGUUUCUCUUUUUCUUUGUUCCUCAUACCUUUCCUCUAUUUUAGUUUUCCCUCUUUUCUUUCUCUUUUCGUUUUUCCUCCUUUCUCUCUGUUGAACUCUCUGGUUUCCUACUCUCUCUUCUCAUUUCCCGAUUUUACUCAAGCCCCACUCUUUCUUAACUCCUUAUCUUCCAAACAAUCAAGAUAUCUUUAUGCACCUCUUUCUAUUCGCCCUCUUCUUACACUUUUUGACUCUCUUAUGUAUCUACUGAAUUUUACGCGAAAAGUUUACCUUUUCUCUUUCUUUUCUUAUCCAUCUCUCAUCAUCUCUCAAUACUUCUCUCUCGCUUCUUCUUGCAUUUUCCCUGAAAUAUCCACUCUCUCAAUUUCACCUUAUUUUUCUCUUGCAGUUACUUUAGUCUCUGUCUAUUUCUUCCUCUCUGUGGUUGACCCCUGCCUCACUCGCCUUCUCUUUUGA